GCCACGGCUCUCGACAAAUGCUCUGGCCCCAGCCCCGGGGCUGCCGCACGCUUUCCUCCGGAGACUCCCCGACGCCCCCAGGAGGAGGCAGGGGCCGCGCCGCGCGGGAGCGGAGCCCCAGGACUGCGCCCUCGGGAUUCGGCGUCCAGAGAAGCCGCCCCAGCUCUCCGAGGAUGAUAUCCGGCUGAAACACGAGGGGGACAACUGUGGUGCCAUCCCCCUGGAUGCCGUGAUCAGCCCGCUUCCCUCCAAUCACAGAAACAUGGAAAUUGAGGUCUCCGUUGCAGAAUGUAAAAGUGUUCCCGGAAUCCCCUCUGCUCCACAUUCCAUGGACCACCCCUCCCCUUUCUACUCGCCCCCCCACAAUGGCCUCCUCGCUGAUCCCCAUGAAUCUCUGGAUAAUGACGUGGCCAGUGAGAUCCGCUAUCUAGACGAGGUGCUGGAGGCCAACUGCUGCGAUUCCUCUGCGGACGGAACUUACAACGGCACAUCCUCCCCGGAGCCCGGCGCAGCCAUCCUGGUGGGCAGCCCGAGCCCCCCUGCCCACACAGCCGUCCAGCCAGAGCCCACUGAGAGAGCCGCCGGCAGGCAGGUGCCUCCUCACAUUGAGCUCAGCAAAAGCAACUCGGACGCCAUGGCGGAGGGUGAAAGAGCCAACGGCCACUCCCCUGACCAGCCCAGAGAUCUGCUGGGGGACAGCCUGCAGGCACCCGUGAGCCCCAGCUCCUCCACCAGCUCCUGGUGCUCAUCCCGAGAUGGGGAGUUCACGCUCACCACGCUGAAGAAGGAAGCCAAGUUUGAGCUGCGUGCCUUCCACGAGGACAAGAAGCCCUCCAAGCUCUUUGAGGACGACGAGAAAGAACAGUACUGUGUCCGAAAGGUGAGGCCUACGGAAGAGAUCCUGGAGCUGGAGAAGGAGAGGCGAGAACUCAUCCGGAGUCAGGCCAUGAAGAAGAAUCCUGGCAUCGCGGCCAAAUGGUGGAAUCCGCCCCAGGAAAAGUCCAUCGAGGAGCAGCUGGACGAGGAACAUCUGGAGUCCCACAAAAAGUACAAGGAGCGCAAGGAGCGCAGGGCGCAGCAGGAGCAGCUGCUGAUGCAGCAGCAGCCCCCGCCGCAGCUCUGCCCAGCCCCCGCCUCCUCUCGGGAACCUUCCGGCACGACUGCCAAGACGAAGGAGGACAUCGUCACAGAGCAGAUCGAUUUCUCUGCUGCUCGCAAACAGUUCCAGCUCAUGGAGAAUUCCAGGCAACCAUUGGCCAAGGGCCAGAGUAACCCCAGGCUCUUCUCCAUCAAGCCCUUCUAUAGGCCUCUGGGUUCCAUCAACUCGGACAAGCCACUGACCGUCUCGAGACCAGCUUCCCUCGGGGGUCCUGCAGAAGACGGGGGCACGUCGGCGGCCAAGGGGCAGAAAGCCCCCUGUGCCCUGGAGAGCCAGCCUCCGGGAGGAGGCCAGGGCAGCGCAGCUCCUCAGGGGAAGGAAGGGCCCUACAGUGAGCCCUCCAAACGCGGCCCCCUAUCCAAACUGUGGGCAGAGGACGGAGAGUUCACCAGUGCCAGGGCCGUCCUCACCGUGGUCAAGGAUGACGACCCUGGGAUUUUGGAUCAGUUUUCAAGGUCUGUCAACGUCUCUCUGACCCAGGAGGAGCUUGACUCUGGUUUGGAUGAAUUGUCAGUGAGGUCCCAGGAUACCACUGUCCUGGAGACCCUGUCCAAUGAUUUCAGCAUGGACAACAUCAGCGACAGCGGGGCCUCCAACGAAACAGCCAACGCCCUCCAGGAAAACUCACUGGCUGAUUUUUCUCUGCCCCAGACUCCCCAAACUGACAACCCCUCAGAAGGCCGAGGAGAAGGUGUCUCCAAGUCAUUUAGCGAUCAUGGUUUCUACUCCCCUUCAUCCACGCUGGGAGACUCUCCGUCGGCUGAUGACCCCUUGGAAUAUCAGGCUGGUCUCCUGGUUCAAAACGCCAUUCAACAAGCCAUAGCCGAGCAAGUGGAUAGAGCUGGGCCUGGACCCAGCCAGGGUGCAGCAGAACAACAGAGGCCCAAAGCAACUCCAGAGGAAGCCGGGACUGGGGCUCCUCGCUCAGAGAAGCCUCAGAGCAUGUUUGAACCCCCUCAGGUGUCCUCUCCUGUUCAAGAGAAAAGGGAUGUAGUACCAAAGAUGCUGCCUGCCGAAGACAGGGUGCUCAGGGAACGGGGACCCUCCUCCCCACCGCCCGCAGUGCAGCCCAGCGGCCCAGUAAACAUGGAGGAGACCAGACCAGAAGGGAGCUAUUUCAGCAAGUACUCAGAGGCCGCAGAGCUGAGAAGCACAGCCUCGCUCCUGGCCACUCAAGAGUCUGACGUGAUGGUCGGGCCCUUCAAGCUGAGGUCAAGGAAGCAGCGGACUUUGUCCAUGAUCGAAGAAGAGAUCCGAGCGGCCCAGGAAAGGGAAGAGGAGCUGAAGAGGCAGAGACAAGUCUUGCAGAGUACCCCAAGUUCCAGGGCAAAGAACGCCUUGUCGCUGCCCUCCCGAACAUCGUGCUACAAAACCGCUCCAGGGAAAAUAGAGAAAGUCAGACCUCCUCCAUCCCCCACACCUGAAGGCCCCAGCUCGCAGCCUGACUUAGCUCCCGAAGAGGCUGCCGGAUCCCAGCGGCCCAAGAAUCUGAUGCAGACCCUCAUGGAAGACUAUGAGACACACAAAUCUAAAAGGCGCGAGAGAAUGGAUGAUAGUAGUGUCCUUGAGGCCACACGGGUUAAUCGAAGGAAGAGCGCAUUGGCCUUGCGCUGGGAGGCGGGGAUCUAUGCCAACCAGGAGGAGGAGGACAAUGAAUAAUAAACUUCCUUCCACCCAGGAAGCUUCAUGCGUGCUUGGGUUACCAAGAAGCCAAGCCAUCCACACAUCACAGCAUUUUAAUGGAAUAUUUAUUAAAGUGCAAACAAACUCAGCAAUCCUUCCCUAGACCAGAAGCUGCAACGAUGAACCAUAAAGUGAAAAAAGAAGUCCACCCAUCCAACUCUAACACCCAGGAGUCACCAGAGAAAGGAUUUUUUUUUUUUUGUGGCUCAGAGAACCGCCUGGAUUUGGACCAAUCCACAACUGCUCCAAAGGACAAAGAAGUGACAAGCAAAUCACCAUGGUUGUUCCAGGCAGAACUGAGACCAGCCUGGCUGAGUGGGAGGCAACGCAAUGGCGAUGGGGCCAUUGGAGAGCAGGGGGCCCAGGCUGGUGCAAUCUACACCCAGGGCCCGCCUACCGCUCAGCAUCAGAGGUGUUGGGUGAACUCCAUCGACUCCAGCAGCCAUAACAUGCAUCCUGUUUCUCUCCUUGCUGAGAAGAGGCAAUGAUGAGUCCAUUUAUCUGACAUUUCCUUGUUUUUAAUCGGGAGCAAUUCAUGAUCGCAAUACAUAAAAUCCCUAUUUCUAAGACAA